AUGAUUAGCCGGAGGCGAAGAUCAAGUAUUCAUGAGCAGUUUUUAGGCCAUAGAAGGAGAAGGGGCUCAACUGUUGAAUCAAUUGCGACUAAUGUUCCGACAAUUGAAAUUGUGGGAAAUGCUAAUGCACAUUUAGGAUAUAGAAGGAACAGAUCAAACUCAAUGAGCAUAUUAGAAACCAAAAUGAAGUUAAACAAUGAAACUUUUGAACAUGAUGGGCUUAUGCUAUAUCCAUUUUCCAAACUGGAACGAGAUGAACUUUGGCUUAAAGAGACAGAAACAUUGGAAAGUGAUCUCAGCAUUGACGUUACAGAUGAGAUUAGCUUAGAGAAUUUCCAAUUACAAGAUGUUUCGAAUUUUCAAAGGUAUUUGAAAUUUAUUUUGCAUGAGAAUACAUAUUUUGAGAAUGAGGUUGAUGAGAUCGCAGAAAGCCUCGAUGAGCUGUUAACAAUUAAUGAUCAGGUGGGGAAACAAACUGGAGAUUUCAAAGGAAAAUCAGAUUCACUAGUUUCUGAUCUUGAAAUACUUUCGAAUUUACAGAAGAAGCUCUCCGAGAAGCUUCAAUACUUUGAAUCACUGGAUGAUAUUGUACAAACAUUGAAUACCUCAAGUUCUGGAUCAAUUGUACUUCAACAGGAUUUCAGGAAAACUAUUUUAGUUUCCUUGGAUCAAUCGAUAAAGUUUGUGAAUGACCCUAAUAACAGUAAAUUUAAGGAAAUCGAUCUUUACAAAUUGAGAUUCAAGCAAUGCAUGAUAAGGGCAUUAACCCUUCUACGAAACUAUAUUAAUUCCCAUAUAAGGCGGACACAGCAGUUAAUUGAGCAAAAGGUCAAAGCACAAGGAAAUACUGCUGAUACUAAUUCAUCAACGUCGUCAAAAAUUAUGAUUGAUGCAUUAAUAUACAAGGAAUUUAUAGAGUCAUUAGUCCCUAUAUCUGAUCUAUUUAAGGAGCUAUAUAAACGUGGUUUUGUUGAUUCUGAUGAUUCCAACGAGUACUUUGGCUUAUUGAAUGAUUGUUAUAACCAGUAUUUUUCAUCUCGAAACAGACUUCUUUCAUACGUGCCAAUUAAGUACGAUGAAAUCAUAAAUAAAUGCAAUCAUACCAACCAGGCUGUCCAGUCUUGCUUGACACGCUUCAAUAAAAUGCUGCAGCAGGAAAGUCGGGUUUUUCACAAGUUGUUUUACCUUUCACCAUCUGAAUUAGUUCCUCCUCUUGAUAAUACUACAAACGCCAUGGCAAUGAACAAAUUCUUUCAAGGGCUGAUGGAUCCUCUUUAUGAAACAAUCCGCAAACGGUUAUUGUCGGAGACUAAUAUUGGAGAGCUUUGCGAGAUAAUCAGUAUUUUAGAAAGCUUCUUUGAACAGGAUGAUACCGCCAUAGAGAGAUCCGUUACGAUGUCAGGCACGGAUGAUUUUGAAAGUGGAAAUGAUAUCGAUUAUGAGAAUUUACUUAGACAACUGUUUGAGGAUGUUCAAUCACGUCUUGUCUUUAGGAUUCGGCGCUACAUAGAUGGAAAUGUGGUUAAUUACAAACGUACGGGAAAGGAAAUGGCAAUUGGCUUUAGAAGAAAAAAUUCCCAUUCUCAAGGCAUGGAUUCAGAGUUAGAUAUAAGUGCUAAGGGUAACUUAUCCGAUGGGAGUAUAAUAACAACGAACUCGGAAUUUCCUGUCGAUACUUCGUUGAUUUACCCGCCUGUUGUGAAGUCGGUCAAACUUCUCAGUAAAAUAUAUCAACUUGUGAGUCAGAAUGUCUUUAACACCCUUGCGAACUCGAUUGUUCAUUUAGCGAUUGAAUCGUUGAGAAAUGCGUUUGAUGGUGAUAUUUCUCUAGAUUCAAAGCUUUACGAGAUCCGAAACAUGAUGUUUCUGAAAGACUACAUUUCCACCUUUGAAGUGGACGGUUCUACGAAGGAAAUCGCAUUGGACUUUAGUGGAUUGAGAAAGCUGUAUCAUAGAAUAACUGGUAGAAAAGAUAACAGGACUGACAGGAGCAUUUUGAGUUCGGCUGAAAGUAAUAAUCCGUUCUUUGCUGCAAUGCCUCGAGUGGUCACUACAUAUUUCAAUUGCAAAGUAGAAAUUCAGGAGAAUCUAAAAGAUGUGAUUCGGAAAUUUAUUGACAUUGUGAAACAGGUAUUCGUUCAGCCUUUAUCUGACUAUUCAGAGAAAACAGAUUUGGCAACAACAACGAGCACUUUUAUGUCAGUGUUAGAAUCAGAGCUUCCUAGGUUAGGACCUCAGAUAAACAACUAUAUUUCCGACCAACAGACCACAUAUGCUCUUAUCGAUGGGGUGCAGGGUGAAGUUAUUAAUGCUUAUGAGGCUUUCUAUAAAAAAGCAUGCGACUUGAAUAAAGACAGCGAGCAGUUAAAAAUUCUUCCAAGUGAGGAAGACGUGAUUUCAACAUGGGGGUCCAUUAUCGGAGAGAUGAUGAAUAAGAUGGAUAUAGAGAGAUCUGAGGUUGGGUCGCGACCAGAUGGCUCUGUUGCAGGUUCAACAUAG